AUGAAUGGGAGUCCGUCAGCGGGCGGCGAGGAGGCGGCGGGCGAGGAGCGCCGCAUGGCCGAGCUCACCACCGUGCGCGGCGACGGCGGCGCCUUCUCGGACAGCGACGACGGCGACGACGGCCCCGGCACCGACACCGAGGCGGUACCGGCACCGGCGGCAUCGCGCGCCGAGGAGGCCGCCCGCGGCGGCGCCGGCGCCCUUCCCGUGCCCGGCAAGGGGAAGCCGUUCCGCUGCAAGCCGUGCCAGUACGAGGCGGCGUGCGAGGAGCAGUUCGUGCACCACAUCCGCGUGCACAGCGCCAAGAAGUUCUUCGUGGAGGAGAGCGCCGAGCGGCAGGCGCGCCGCAAGGAGCCCGACACCGCCACCAACACCAGCAACGCCGGCGAGGACGUGGACUUCUCCAAGGGGCCCAUCCGCUGCGAGCGCUGCGGCUACAACACCAACCGCUACGACCACUACCUGGCGCACCUGAAGCACCACAGCCAGGCGGGCGGCAGCGAGCGCGUCUACAAGUGCUCCAUCUGCACCUACACCACCGUCAGCGAGUACCACUGGAAGAAGCACCUGCGCAACCACUUCCCCCGCAAGGUCUACACCUGCUCCCAGUGCUCCUACUUCUCCGACAGGAAGAACAACUACAUCCAGCACAUCCGCACGCACACAGGAGAGCGGCCCUACCAGUGCGCCGUGUGCCCCUACUCCAGCUCGCAGAAGACCCACCUCACGCGGCACAUGCGCACGCACUCAGGCGAGAAGCCCUUCAAGUGCGACCAGUGCAGCUACGUGGCCUCCAACCAGCACGAGGUGACGCGGCACGCGCGGCAGGUCCACAACGGGCCCAAGCCGCUCACGUGCCCGCACUGCGACUACAAGACGGCCGACCGCAGCAACUUCAAGAAGCACGUGGAGCUGCACGUCAACCCGCGCCAGUUCCUCUGCCCCGCGUGCGACUACGCCGCCUCCAAGAAGUGCAACCUGCAGUACCACAUCAAGUCGCGGCACCCCGACUGCUCCGACAUCACCAUGGACGUGUCCAAGGUGAAGCUGCGGACUAAAAAGAGCGAGGCCGAGCCCGCCGAGGCCGACAAGGAGCAGCCGCGGGGGGACGCGGGCAGGAAGGGCGAGCGGGCGGUGAAGGCGGAGAGGAAGGAGGCGCCCAGCAAGGAGAGGAAGGCGGCGGGCGGCACCGGCCAGGUGACCACCCGGAGUCGGAGAUCGGCCGCGGAGAACAAGGAGGCGGAGGGCAAAGCCGAGAGGGGCACCGAGAAACCCGGCAGGGCGAAGAAGAGCAAGAGGAAGGCCGAGGCCGCUGGCUCCAGGGAGGAGCCUUCACAUGAGGAUGCGCCAGCGGUGACGAAGAAGAAAAAGAAAGUGGAAGCCAAGGGCAGAGAGGGCCGGGAGGCUCCGGGGAGCGAUGCCCUUGCGGAGGAGGAGGAGCCGCCGAAGCCAAACUCAUGCCCCAAGAGGAGCAGGAAGAAGAAAGCUCCCAAGAGCAAGCACGGCAAGAGGAGCAGCAGGGCUGGCGCCGAGAAGCUCGAGGAGGAGCAGGACCGUGCAGAGGCUCCCAGCGCCGUGGAGGAUGCGCACGGGGAGCCAGGCACUCCCCAGGACAGCAGCCCGGAGCAGGAGCUGGAACAGGAGCGGGACCAGGAGCUGCAGCAGGAGGAGAAGCUUGAGCAGAAGCUUGAGCAGGAACUGGAACAGGAGCAUGAGCUGAAGCAGGAGCAGGAGCUUGAGCAGCAGGAGCCAGUGCUUGAGCUGGAGCAGGAGCUUGAGCAGGAGGAGCCAGAGCUUGAACAGGAGCCGGAGCAGGAACUGGAGCGGGAGCCGGAGCAGCAGCCAGAGCCAGAACAGGAGCAGGAGCCGGAGGCGGCAGUGGCCACCGCGGGGCCGAGCGGUGCUGCGUGCGGGAGCCGCGUGCAGGACCCUGCGCUGCAGGAGCCGCCGYGCACGGAGCCGGCAGAGCAGGAGGCUCCCGCGGCAGCAGGGGAUGGAGGAGACGGCGCCGCGGAGGAGCGGGAGGCCGCGGAAGCCCCCGGUGCCGCGUGCCCCACGCCGGAUCCCCCGGCGGCGCCCGGCUCGCCCUGCACCGCCCGCCCGGCCGCCGGCGACCCGCACGAGGUGGACGAGGACGAGGGCAUCCACAGCCACGAGGGCAGCGACAUCAGCGACAACAUCUCCGAGGGGAGCGACGACUCGGGCCUCAACGGCGCCCGCUCGGCGCCCGAGGACGCGGGGCCCAAGGGGCCACCGGGCGCCGGCGCCGCCGCGGGGACCUUCGUGUGCAUCUUCUGCGACCGCGGCUUCGGGCGCGAGGGCGAGUACAGCAAGCACCUCAACCGCCACCUCGUCAACGUCUACUACCUGGAGAAGGCCACCCAGGGGCAGGAGUAGCGGCCGCCGCCGUCUCCAGCGCCAUGGACGUACAGCUCGUGUACACACACUGUAAAGUUUUGUUAUUUUUCUUUUUUAGCACCAUUUGCUUUAAUUAGUAUAUAUUUUUUUUCCCUUUUUCUGGAGUUGAAAAUAUUUUUGGGCUGAGUCUGUACGGUGAGCGCAGCCACCGGAGCUCCCGUUGGAGGAGGCAGGAGGGCUGGCGCCGCGGCCGCCUGUGCGGUCCCUGCAAGCACCAGACCCUGCACCAGUGUCCCAUAGCCGGGGCUACGGCUUCCCGGGAGCCAGCGGGACGUUCCCAGCGCCGUCCACGUCGCUGCUUUCUGCCCUCGCAGCCCGUUGCCCCUCUCUUAGUUCUUCACGUGGUCGCRGUGCUCCGAGCGUCGACCUCCCCCAAGUUUUGGGGCUCUGUUUUCCUGCUCCGGAGGGGAGGAGGGUUCCUGUUGCAUGGAGGAGCACUUUGUAAAACAAAUCCAAGGUGGCUGGCAGCGAACRUGACUCUUGGAGAGAAUUGUGAUUGUGAACAUACAUUUCAGACCCCCCCUAAGCACGGACCGUGGGCCAAAAUCCGGAGCAGUCCUUCCUGCUUUAGACUGGAGAACCUCUGUCUCGUUGGAUAUCUUAAUAACUAUGAUGUAUAAUUGGCUUUGUUUUGGGGAGCAGGUUUGCUCCUCUUUAUUUUCUACUCUUGGGUUUUUUUUUUUGAUUGUGCUUUAAGGGCUUGAGAUAUUGCACAUUACGUUGUUGAUCUUUACCUAUGCAGUUGAAUCCUGUAGGAGUAGCGCUUGUGCAGGACGCGAACACUUUAUACUUGCAUGUUGGGUGUGGGUGGUGUGAGCCCCGCUUUCCUCGGGAGCCCUCUGGAUCCGCUGCCUCCCGCGGGCCCCUUUCCUGCGAGAUUUGCCUGCCGCUCUCCCUGUUUCCCGGGGUGUCUUUAGCUGUGCGUGAAAUUGCUGAACUGUUUGGUUGUGUAUUUUUGACUAGCUUUAAAAUUGUAUAGUUCUUGGGUAAAAGUUACCAAUGCAAGUUCAGAACACUAUUUUGGAUUGCAGCCUGCCAUUUUCCUGGGUUUUAUCCCUUGGAAAUGUCACUUGUGAUUUUUUUUUUUGUUUGUUUUCUUUUUUAAUAUGUAUACAGGAUAUUAAUGAUAAUUUAUAAUUUGGGAUCACCGGGAAGCAGAGCGACGGCUCUCAUGGCUCAGGUGCCACAGGCUCUGCAGGGCCGGGGGAUUCCAGCCCCUUCCCAUCUCCGUGGUGGGCACCAGUCAAACUUCCCAGGCUGGAAAACGAGCAGAGCGGUAGCGCCGGGGUACAUUGGCCUGGUGCAUUGGUACCGAGCGGCUUGCGCACGGAUAAAUCCAGAGAAAAUAAGGAAAAAGGUAAAAGGACCGGUAAGCAAGGAAGCUGGCGCCGAGCCCUGCGGGGCGCCCUGCUCCUCAUCCCGUGAGGUGGCCCGGGAUGGUCUCGCUUCCCCACGGACGCGGGRCCUCCCCCUUGGCCAGGCCAGAGCGUCCGACCCUUACCGUGGCUGCGACAAUCAUCGGCAACUGGAGAUCGGGUUGCGACUCUAUUUAUAAUGCCGAACGUUGAGAAAGUGAGCGUGGCUUGGAUUGUGUCCCCUGCCCCGAACAACUCGGAGAGCGAGGAGCGGGGCUGGGGGUCCCGCGCGGCACGCAGCRACCCCUCUCCUUGCUGCCUCCAGGCCCCACACGUGUCAGCAGGGCCGGGUAAGGCAGCAACGUGGGUACCCAGCAGCGUCCAGCCUGGCUCCCGUUGAGUGUUCGACGUGGGGUGUACGGCCUGGGGAACCCCUGGAGUGGGGCGGCCCCCUGGAGCAGCGAUUCCCACCCCCAACACCAUUAACUUGCUCUGUGCGGGCUGUGCCGUUCGCCCGGCGUUGAGGUCGGAGCCGUGCGGCUCGGUGGGACCCCACGACGCUGCUCCGGAGCCAGGAGCAGCCUUCGUCCCUGCUGAGAUGCGACCCAGCCCGGGAGGGACCGGGACGGGCAGCCGGCGGGGAAGAAUUCAUCCCCCCGCAACUGCUAUUGCUGGAUUUCAAACAUCCAGGCUGGAAUUCCCAGGCAUCUAACAGAAAGAGCAAUGUUUAACUGAGAGGCCAGUUAAGAUGUGGUAACGUCAUUGAUUUCAACAGACUUAACGUAGCCGAGGAGCGUGGAGCGGGUCCAAGCGUUGCCUUGGACGGCGGCUGUGCGGAUACGGGGCGCGCGCCGGCAGUGCCGGRAUGCGGGGCGCUGCGGGAGGCGCUCGGCGUGGGUAUGUGUGUCCCUCCGGAGCGCCGCACGCCUCCGUAGGCUGGCACCGACACGUGAUGUUGGGUUGCACCAUGUUUGAUGCUUUUACAGUGCAAUACUUGUAUUCUCGGAAAUAAACCAAAGGUAAUUUCUUUUUUUUUUUUCCCCCCCUCAUGCUCUUUCUCUCCUGUAGCGCGCGUGGCAGCCUUUUCUACAUUUGUAAUAGAUGUUAAACCAAGCCAGAUCGUACAGCCUGUUUUUACCUAAAACCUGUAUAAGCCUUCUGUCCAAAACGUAGUGUAAAGUUAAACUAAGUCGCAUUAUGUUAACCCUUACACGUGUAUUUUCC